CAAAAAUCAGAAAAUAUCUCAGGUACAAAUUACUGAUGCUAUCUUUCUAUAGGUCGCAAAAGCUUUGAUUUUGGUGUAAAAAUUAUCUUGUUUGGUGUAUUUUAUAUUCUCCAGCUUGCUAAUUCUCUUUGUCUUUCAUGGAUAAAUUUUUCUCUAAACUCGUCUUAGAUUGCAAAUUUUACAGCUGAGGAAGCUUUUUCUUACCGUUGCAAAUCUUUGAGUAGCGAAAUUUGCUUGGUUUUCAAUUUUGCUGUGCUGGGCCAUUGAGAAUUGGGAAGGUCUAGUUGCCCUAAUAUUAUUUAUUGAUAAAAAUUGUUGUUCUAAAUAUGCUAUAGCAGUGUAUAUGGGCAAUGUUAGCUUGGAAAAUAGAACUAAGAGAACUGAACAUUAAUGUCUCCCUCAGGUUUAAGGUCAUUCUUUAGCAUCUAAAUGGUGACAAGUGGGCUGUUUCAUAGUUUACACGAAAUGUUGGUAAAAUCUGAUAUGCUUGCUGGAAGUAUUGUCUCACUAAUUUCAUAAAAAUGCGUGAUUCUGAUUUCGAGAAUGGAUUUCGAGACGUUAACGAAAGUAGAUUUAAACAAUUCCAAAAGAACGUUCGGUUUUAAAAUUUACAAUUUAAAUAUCUGAACUCUGGAACUAAUAAAUAAUUUGCUCAUGAAGAGAAACUUGUUCUAUGGUUCAAUGCAAAGAUUGGGUUAUGUUUUGACCAGAAUUGGUUAGAAAUUGGUGGGGAAAGAUGAUGAGAACUGAACAAAUUUUUGGCAUUGGCCUCAUUGAGGGUAUGUCAGGUCAUUCUUCUUAUAAUUUUGUACAGCUUCUUUUGGCUAUAUGCAUCGUACUUUGAUAAAUCGAUUUAGUCUGCUUAUAUUUUUUUUUUUUUGCGUAUCUUAAUUUUCAGUUUCAAUAAGUCCACAUCGAAGUUUAUGAAUGAUAUUGGAGUAUCUUAGUUUUUCAGGCACCAUCCAUCAUUCUGUCUGAAGCUAUUUCAAGUUAGAUUUAAAAGCACAAACAUUUUUCUCAACAAGCUUUUUACACGAUUCUCGUGCAUGCCCAUGUCAUAUGCUGCAAUUUAAUACACAACAGUAAAAAAUGCUUCUAUUUAUUUGUACAGUAAAAUAUACAGCCAUAUUUUUUUUUUCUUUUAUUAACUGACUGUAAAUAAAAUUAAGGAGCUUUUUUACAUGGCCGGGAGAAAUCAUCGGAUGCCCCGCCACCCGGACACUUUCCGGGAGGAUUUCCACGCGGGCCCGCGCCAUGGGCCCGUUCUCCGGGCCCACCCAGCGGCCCUGGAAGAAGAACUCGAGCUCCAGUACCGAGAUAUCCAGCGACUGUUAGCAGAAAACCGACGUGUAGUGGACGAGAACGUGAUGCUGCAGAGAGACCUGACAGCUGUGAAGGAUGAGAUCCACCGUUUGGGCCGGGCCGUGAUGCCCAAGCUACGGGCCGAGAUGGAGGCCCAAAAGAGGGAGCUGGUGGAGCGUGGGCUGAAGGUUGAGGCCGAGGUUCGGGCCUCUGAGCCCCUGAGGGCUGAGGUGGCCCAGAUGAGGGCUGAGGUCCAGAAGCUUGGGUUGGAAAGGCAAGAGCUGGGGUCGAAGGUGCAGGGUUUGAGCAAGGAUGUGAGCAGGCUGAAGGCAGAGAAUAAACAGGUUGAUUCUAUGAAGGCUGAUGUGGAUAAGGUUCGUAGCGAAAUCUUGGAUGCUAGACGAGCAUACGAAUAUGAGAAGAAAAGGAAUGAAGAGGUGGUGGAGCAAAAUCGGGCCAUGGAGAAAAACCUUAUCGGGAUGGCUCGUGAAAUAGAGAAGCUGCGUGCAGAGCAAGCUAAUGCUGACAGGAGAGGAAAGGGAUAUGGGCUGGUAAACGGAAGCCCAGACACGAAAUAUCCAGGUGUGUAUGGAGACGUAUAUGGAGCUGGGUCUUUUGGCCCAUACGAAAAGCGUCAAAGGCGUUGAAAUCCUCAUCAGGCUUUUUCAAUUUUCAUCAUGAGGUUAGCUUAUAUUCUUGUGUUUUGUGGCAAAAAAAAAUUGUUUUCCUCUCUUUAGAAAGGAAAUCCUCUUAACGAGACCCCUACAAGUAGUGUAUCAAAAUGUUUAUGCUACAUUUUGACAAUUUAUGUGUUUAUGUAGAAUAAUAAUAUAAUUGGUUUUUAUUUCUUAGUUAUGUUGGUGCAACUAGUGCACACAUGUUUGUGGUUGACGGGUUUGGAGUAUAAAUAAGUAUUAAUUAUAUAAUUCCAAUAUUUUUUUUUAAAAAAAAAAAUAA